AAAUAACGUAUUUUCCUUUAAGGUAGUCUUGGACUUUCUCCUGAACCGCGCCUCAUCUCAGUCUGCCAUGGACUCAGGGCUGGUGCGUCUCCUGAUAGUCGCCGCGCUGUUCCUGCUGCUGGCCGGGGACUACAGCAGCAUCCUCAGCCACCUGUCCGGCGUCUUCGGGGAGGCAGAGGGCGAGGCGGAGUCCACCCCCGAGGCCGAGGAGUCUGCCCAGCUAGUGCUCAAGGAUACAGGACGUGCCGCACGUGCUCAGCUCCUGGACGUGAUGAAGAACUCCUGUCUGCCCAAGUUAAUCUGUGAGCUGAACGCCACACCGCAGAAGGAGAAGUUGUCAGAAGCGGAGAAGGCACUGCUUUCCCUCAUCAGCGACACGACCAUCAGCACGACUGCCGAGGUGACCUCCAAGUACCACUUCGCUGCCCACAUGGGUCAGCUGAUCAACGGGGUAGAUGGAGCAGGGUGUCACAACUUCUACCCCUCCUGCCCCUUCCCGGGAGUCCAGGUCCUCAACAUGAUCAAGUCCAUCCGGCUCCGGCAACCAUCCUAGUCCCGCCAGCCCCCAGCUGCAAAAUUGUCUGUGAUCUUAACUGUGUUUAAUUAAUGCUAUAAACCGCUCAGCGAGUUUCAAUGUGUUUGGUAAUUGUGUGUGUUCGAGGGACGUACCAAUGUGUUUGGUAAUUGUAUGUGUUCGUAAGACGUACCAAUGUGUUCAUAGUUACCUAAUGUACAGUUCUGCGCGUGCAGGGUAGUGUAGUACCUAGACUUACAGUUAGUGCUAGUUUGUUUUAGUGUUCUCGUCGAUUGCCAAACUCUCAGCUGUGUAUAAUAAUAGACGAUUUGUUGCAUAAGGUAACGUUACCGAUGGUGAGUCACGUAAUUCGUUAAGUUGCUACAAAAAUGUACGCUGAAAGUGUUGUCAGUUUUAGGUUUUCAAUAAACAAGGUAUGAAAUAUCUAGAUGGAAUUCAAAGUGAAUUUUUGCGUGAAGUUCGAUCAAUGUUGAGGGUAUUUCUCAUAGUUUAUUAAGAGGAACUAUGAAAUUUGGAAAAUAGAACACAAGAAUGAGAUUGACGUUGGAGUUCUUUCAAUAUUACGUCCUGAGUUCCUGAGUUCUUCAUGAGUACCAUAAAUCGCCCUGGAGACGUCCAGCGAACUUGAUCUCUUACCAUACUAUACCGUUCAAGUCUAAAAAUACGCAUCGUCAUAAUGCUCGUAUAUACGAGCAUUAUGACGAUGCAUAUUCGAACAUUUAACGAAUCAUAGCUGCGAUUGAAUCAGUUACUCCAGAAGUCCUGAUAAAAGUACAGGAGAAGAUCAAAGUUCGCUUGGACGUCUGCAGGGCGAUUCAUGGUAUUCAUGUCGAGCUCAGAUACACUGACGUAAAACUGUUUAAAGUGCUCUUUAAUCCUAUUUUAACCUCAUUCUUGUGCUGUAUAUACUUUUGUAAAUAAAGUUAUUUAAAAGUCUGACAUAA